AUGGCGAGAGGCGCAUAUCCUCAACAGUAUGUUCACCCUGGCAGUCAGCAGCAGGGCAUAGACAUUCAGGAGCUUGCCUCUAAACGUGUCGACAUCCAGAAGAAACGGUUUUAUUUGGAUGUUAAACAAAGUGCACGGGGCCGAUUCCUAAAAAUUGCAGAGGUUUGGAUUGGAAGAGAACGUCAUGAUAACAUCAGGAAGAGCAAAUUAACGCUGUCCAUGUCAAUGGCACCCGAUCUACGUUAUUGCCUGGGGGACUUCAUUGAUUAUUACGCUCAUAUUGGGUUGAGAGGUGGCCUGGUAUCACGGCCAGAAGAGCAGAGCAAUGGUCAGGGCCGCCCGCACAAUUCCCGCAGAAGACCGCAGGAUCACCACGCAGCAUCAGUGUCUCCCACUGGCUCUGCGGUGUCGGAGGAACAUACUCAUCGCGUCCUGAAGAGUGAAUUCAUUGAGAGAGACAAUAGAAAGUACUAUCUGGACCUGAAAGAGAACCAGCGAGGCAGGUUCCUCCGCAUCAGACAGACUGCCAGCAGAGGGCAUGGGGCCAUCGGUUACUACGGCCAGGGCAUCGAUCAAACCAUAGUGUUGCCGGCUCAAGGGCUAAUCGAAUUCAGAGAUGCACUGUCGCAGCUGAUUGAAGACUACGGCGAUGAUAAUGCCACGGAUGAGCUUAGAAGAGGCAAUGGGAACCAUGAAGAAUCCACCGAGUUUCCCGAAGCAGCAUCAUUCCGAGUGGACAAUAAGAGGUUUUAUUUCGACGUUGGUUCCAAUCGGUAUGGUGUCUUUUUAAAGAUUAGCGAGGUAAAACAGCCAUACAGGAACACCAUAACGGUUCCCAUGAAAGCCUGGGCCAGAUUUGGAGAUAAUUUCAUUAGGUAUGAGGAGGAAAUGCAGCGAAUUGUCACCUGUCACGAGGAGAAGAGGACAGAGACUCGCGAGGACAUUGGAGAACAAGAGGAUUGA